UGUUUGCAGCAGCAAGGCUUAUUACGGCAAUGUAUACUGAACAUCGUGUACAUGGCUUAACGGAAUGUGACUCGUGUGGAGACUUCCGUGCGUAAACGCUGGCCUAGCGAGCCAGCGCAUUUUUCAGACUACAUGUGUACUGUUUACAACAGGACGGAUAACCUUUUGCUCUCCUGUGUCGGCUCCUAAGCGACAAACCAUGCGAUAAAUGGAGCCAACAACUUGGCCUUGCUUGGUGGGGAUUAGCGAGAUUAGGUAACAGCCGACACAAGUCGCAGAGUUAGCUACAGGGUUGAAGCCGGCCCCGACUCUGGGCGUCAUUCGCUGCGACCAAGUUGACCGCGUUAAGGUCGUGCUUUGUGCGACGUCACCGCUACACCUAAGGUCACAAGUGCACGGAUCACCAGCCGCCUAUAUAAACCGAGGUAGUUUGGGGUCAGCCCCGACACACGAGUUGACCGACAACGUGCGCAAUUAGCGACGAUUCUAGGCAAAUAAUCUUGCGAGUCACCGAUCACGAGCGUUGCAAUAAACGCGGGUACCUUGCAUCUGUUGUAGCACUCGGAGAGCAACGCAUUGUUACAGUCCACACCAGUCUAAGAGACACUUAAGCACAGGGCCCCAGCCGGUAUAGAAUGGAAGAGAAAGUCAUCUGCAAAGACCACGGGGAACCUUUUACCGCCAGAAUGGUGACUAAAGAGGAUGAGUACCACCAGGCAGAAUCCACCACGGACAACAAACCGGUAGCUACGACCAGGAGGCAGACCGCCCUCGAUGUUGCCAACAUGAUCGCUCCGUCUCGCUCGAUCAAGGACGGCCCGAGGAGCGAGUUCAGCGUCGGGACUAAACCGCUGGAUCUGAGCCACCGCGGCCUUCCGGCCCCUUCGUCUGCCGCGGCCGCCGCUGCCUACAAAACUUUCUACCCCUACCCGUCAUUGCCGAUCUCCUCCACGCUGUCUCCGUACUCCUUCCUGGGUGAGGGGAGCUCGGCGCUUACACCGGCCAAUUACGCCGCGGGUUACAGUGCCGCCGCGACCUACCCGUUGUACGGCAGCUAUCCGGUCGCAGCUGACAGUACAGCGCCGUCCCUGUCCACGCUAAGGCUGUCGGCACUUCUUGCGUCCAGGAAGAGACGAGCCGCAGUUUCCACUUCCGACAAGGGUGACAGUAGCAUUCCGCCACAGGAACCCUCCAGAAAGAAAGUUCGUCCCGUCCCCGACGAGAAGAAGGACAGUGCGUACUGGGACCGGAGACGUAAGAACAACGAUGCGGCGAAACGUUCUCGUGACGCCCGCCGAGAAAAAGAGGAAGAGAUCGCCCUUCGUGCUGUGUUCCUUGAACAAGAGAACAUGAAACUCAGAGCAGAGGUGUCCAUCCUCAAGAGCGAAAUGGGCAGGCUGCAUUACAUGGUGUAUAACUGCUGAUGGUUUGUUACCUCUGAAACUGAAAUACUGUGCGGGGCCACGGUGUCGGUUUUUCGCCUGAUGAGUGAAUGCUGCAGUGCGUUUGAAAAAAACGCACUAAUGGUGCACAAGCUCACAGACCUUGCCGACACGAAAAACUACAUAGCAAAGGUGCACUUCGUUAAAAGACUUUGCAGUUGGAGGAAACUGCACUGGACAUGUAUUUGCCCCGCAGACAUUAACUCAAGUGGAAACUGCAGUAUCUUGUUUAUGUUCACAACUCAACCAUGUAUGUAUUCAAUACAUCAAUUGGUCCAUAUUGUUUGGUUAUUUUGGUCUCGAUCCCGCCAAUGGAAUUUGUUAUUCUUAUUGUUCAAAAUGCUUUAAAAUAGUUUUAUGAGACAGCACUGCUCACUUCCAAGAGUUGCAAAAUGUGAAAGUCUCUUGUAUUUUUAAAAGUGAAUUGCAUAAUGUCGUUUGUGACAUACAGUUGAGCCAAAGCUCAUAAGUGUUUUUAAAAUGGAAUUAUGACCAUUGCAGUGGAACAUACUGCCCAGGGAUAACUGUCAUUGCCUAGCCUAGUCCAACUGGUCAGAUGUGUAAGAAUGUAUUUAUCUCUCAGGGAAGAUAUCUGUAAUCAAGAAGUGUCAGAAAGAAGUGAAAUUAUAGCAGAAGUUUUAACGACAGGUCAGUGAAGUGCAGUAAAUCCACCGCCGUUAUCACACGCAGUCAAUACUGUUUUCCAACAACAACACUAUUUUUGGGUUUGACGUUUCAAAGCAAGUGAUCGUGGAUACUUGGUUUAUAGGUAUUGGAGUAUACUGUUUUCGUCUGGUACUGACUGAUUGGCAUGUCGUAAUUUCACUACAAUGGUUUCGCCAGUGGCUGAGAGCAGUCACGAGCGAGACAGUAGGAUUGAUUGCCUGUGGGUCUUGCCGUACCAACAGUUACAAACAGAACGUGAGCCCAUAUAGCAGGUUAAGGCCGGGCUACGUUACAUAACCCGUCUAAUCACGACCAAUGACGAAUGCCGACCUGCCUGUAAAUGGAACCAAAAUCAGUCUUGCCCUUCGUGCGUUUGUAAUAAUGCACCAGACGGUAAAUGCUGCUGCACAUGAAGAUUUUAUGUUAUACAUGUAUAUGGUUAUCUCACAGCAUUCCAGUGUAUGCGUGGUGCUAUAAUGUUGCGUGCUUUAAGUUCUCAAUUAGGUUUCGCUCGGAAUCUUUUAGGGUAAAUAGUGUUAUUGUAUCGUGUUUGAUUUUGAUUUAAGACAAUUCGUAAGAGGAAUUUUGUUGUCUUUUGACUUUCUUCUUUGCAAUCGAACAAAAGUCUGUCUUUCAAGAACUUAGGAACUGUCUACGUAAGCUUCUGGUAGUUCACUCACUAAUUUAAUAUGUCGAAGGGAUAUUUUCUUUUAGAGAGAGACUGCAACUUAAUGUGAAACAUUUUGAAUUUAUUUCAGAGCUAUGGCAUUUUGGGUUAGUCACGAAACUCACCUUCCCACAGGUUCAUCAUUUUGGGAUAAGGAAGGGUGCGAUGUGCGAGUGUCUAUAGUCAGGGAACGGGCCGUUCUUAGUCGCAGCUAACAGAGCUGCCAACGGUUCAAUUAGGCAGUGUAGCUGUGGCGCAAAUUAAAGAAAGGUGUUCGUCUGGCUGAACGCGAUAUCAUGCACCGAGCGGGCAAAGGAGGACCUGUUGUAACGGUGAUUACAUACAUGUAUUUGGUAUGGCCAUGCCAGGAGUCUAUUACUUUCAUUCUUUAAAAAAAUCUGUAACGGAACGACUGUGUGAGAUAUAUUAAAGUGUAAAUAUUUGCCAUCCGA